UUACUUCAUGAUGUGCUUCUACGAUUCGUAUGCCUCUAGAUGAGUCACUGUAAAAACUCUUUUCAUCGGAUAAAAUUAUUUCCCCAGGUGUCAAUUUUUUCCCCUAUUGGAAUUUUGACAACUAUUCCUGCUAAGCGAUUAUUUUGCUUAUUGAAAUGCAGUGAUGACUGAGUUGUGGAUGGUGUUUUGUCUGCGUGUUUGAUCAGAAAUGACGUCAUAUUUUGUUGGUGUGACCUGCUUUGACACAUCUUGAAGUUGAACUAAGUAGAUCAAGUUCUGUUAAAAUACCAGGUUAUAAGUGGAAGAGGAUUUAGACUAGUGACUGUGUGCCUUGCUAUUGUAAAUCAUUAAGAGGUUUAUGAGCUAAUUUCCCUUUCAAGUCAUGAUGGAAAAGUUUACAGCUCAUAUCUCCAAUCAUUACCAUUAGUCAUAGAAACAGUUAACAAUUUUGAUAAACGAACGAUGGAGAAACGACCAGGGGCUAGGACCCCUCGUUUGGCCAAACAGGAAGAAAUUGAACUGGAAGAAGAUGAAGGUUGUAUCAAUCCUGUUCCAGUAACAAUUCAUAUUGAAGACAGAGGAGGAGGAAAAGAGGAUCAGGAAGACAAUUCAGAUGGAGGAGGGGAGGAUGAAGGUGAUGAUGGUAUUGGAAGUGAUGGAGAUGUUUCUUCUCGAACGCACAGCUCACCUGGACCAGGCUCAAGACAAUCACCUGUAUCUGGAUACAUGGGAAAAGAAAAGAAGGCUCAAUCCAGGGCUCAUCACCGAGUCAAGUUGUUGGUACGUAGUCAGGCUCUUCGUGAUGAUACCUCGCCACCUCCAGAUGCGGAGGCAUUGUCGGCUAACAGCAAUAUGUUGACUGUGACCAAUGCUUCAACUCUUACUACACAGUCGAAAGGCUCUGGUAUCACACAGCAAAACCUGGGAAAACAUGGCAGUUCACAGGGUAGUAUGGAUAGCUGUUCCAGUCUGUCAAGAGAUUCCAGCACAGAGACGUACACAGAUUCUACUGGCAUUGACCUCCAACAGUUUAUUAUUGACACUUUACACAAAAACCAGAAAGAUCGUAUGAUGUUACUGAGGAUCGAGCAGGAUGUAAUUACCCUAAUUAAAGAUAACAAGCGGCAAUCUCACAAGUUCCCCCAGAUGAGCUCUUAUCAUCGCAUGCUUGUCCACAGGGUGGCGGCAUUUUUUGGUCUUGAUCACAAUGUUGAUCAGAAUGGAACUGCUGUAAUUGUUAACAAAACCAAAAAUACAAGAUUACCUGAAGCUAAGUUUCGAGAUCACAUACGAGAUGAGCUAAUGCCUUUAGAGCCAAAGAAGUCUAUUCUAAAACGAGACAGUGCAUCUUUUGAAGAAGGCAAAGAGAGCCCUGAAAGACAGUCAUCAUUUGACAGCAAAAAGAGCAAAUCAUUUGAAGAAAGAGAAGAGGAAUAUGAAAAGGCAAGAGCGAGGAUUUUUAACCAAGAUGAAGACAUUGGAGAAGGUCUGCAGAGUUCAAGCCAGGAAGAUAUAAGGUGGACAUGCGAACCUAGACCGUGGAGCAGUACAGACUCUGAUAGCUCAGGAAGGCCUAACCAACAAGGAAUCAAAGUAGGAGGAAGCUUUGAAUCUGAGGGAAAUAACCAGUGUUCCAUUAAGACACCAAACAUCUCAUUGUUAAAGUCCGAAUCUGAGACGAAAGAUAUGAUCUGUUCAGUUAAGGAAGUCAAACCAGCUGUAACAAAGGCUAGUAGUUUUGGUGGGAUAUCUGUUCUCACAAGAGAUUGUCCAGUUGACAAGAAAUCCUCUUCUAGAUUACUUAAGUCAGAAUCUGUAAAUGUACCAGUUACUUCAAAGUCAGCUUUUCCUAGCCAAGUCAACCUAACUCUCCCAUAUGUAACUGUACAAACUUCUACAUCUCCCACCAACCAGAUAUCCAGUCACUUAACUUGGACCAAUCCCAAUGGACCUUCUGACUCCAUGGUGCCAUAUCCUAGUCAGCCUACCAUGUGGGCAAUACCUAGUGUUGAUCAUUUACCUCUUGGCUCUGUGAUUAUAAACCCACAACUUGGAACUCCCUAUAUCAAUCCUGAUGGAUCCAUGUACAGACUUAAUUCGGCUUCUCUACCUGGGAGUCAGCACAUGACGGUAACACCAUCAAAUAUUAGCAACCAGCAUGGACCGUCACAUCCUUCCUCAACCUUGUCACAUGUACAGCAACAGGUUACAGUGUUUUCUCCAAGCCCUGCUUUUGUGUACAUACCUUAUAUUCCUCAGCAGAUGCAUCAACCUCCACCAUCUGCAGGACAGGUGAUUCCAGACCACAGGCCUCUAAAUAUGUCUCAGGACUUUGGUGCUAUCAAGAUACAAGACUUAACAGCACAAAUGUCAAAUCUAAGUUUUGCCCAUUUUCGGCCACCAAGUCAAAUGCAUGUGUCUGAACCAGGCCCUGCAAACCCACUAGGUGGAAACCCUGGAAUAGAUGCACCACCACCCACUUCUUUAGGCCUACAGAAUUACCUUGUCCAAGCUUCCAAACUUCCAAACCCUAUAAAUUUACACAACCAACAACAACAGCUUCAAGCACCUUUGUACUUCGUGCAGCAACCAUCAGGAGCCUCGGUUAAAUAUGUUUGUGCUUCACCAUCCAUGAUUCCAUCUGGUCCACAACAGACUUUGUCACCAGGUAUUGAGAGUAUGGGAAAUGCUCACCAGCCAUUUGGAGAGGUGAUGGGGCAUCAGACUACAGGUUCACUGAUACCUGGCCAGCAUUUUGUUGGACAUUACCCAGGUUUCAACAUCACAUGCAACAAUGCUGGUGUUGGUGGAACUCCAAACUUCACAUCUAGACACGGUGGCAGUUCAACAGUGACAAUCACCACUGCCUCUUCAUGUCCUUCUGCUACUCAUCCUUGUCAUAUAUAUCCAUAUGGUAGUAUGCUUGUUACUAGUAUGCCAAGUGGGACCACUACUCAAGCUAGUCAGAGCCCAGAGUUCAUGACUCCUUUGCCAGUGCCCUCUCCUGUUGGCACCAUGCCCUUCUGUAUGGUAACACCUAAUGGAUCUGCUACUCCAGUUAGCCAGUCUCCAUUGCCACAGUUUUCAGGUGGAGGGGGUUUUCCACAGUUUUCAAAUUUUCGUCCUCAAACUCCACCUUCUCAGAAUGGGUCUCAUGGGACUCCAGUUCCCUCUGUUCCCCUCAUGGGAUACACAGUUUUGUCUCCACAAUCACAAAUUCAUCCUCCUACUCCCACAGGCUUAACUCCAAACUCAUCUAAUCUUUCUUCCUGUGCAGGAUUUGCCUCUAGCUUUUUGUCUACUUUUGCAUCAUUUCGCCCAGGAUUUCCUGUUGGCAGGAGUGCCAGAAACAAUACCCCACCUCCACAAGGAGUUUUUCCUCUUCAAUACCCCUCCUCUCAACCAAAUUUUGGUAAAGGCCUUUCCAACACACUUAAUAGCAAAUCUGUGGAAACUGGUUGUAGGGAGCAGUCUGAACAAAACUUAGGUUCUGUUCGGCAUGAUGGAAAUUUGGUAAAUAAGACUGUACCAUUUCAUCAAGAAAUGGUGUCUCGUAGUUCAGUUUACAGAAAAGGAGCUCCACUUGUACAGGGAUUGCCUCUGCAUCACCAAGUCAACCCCCUGAUGUUUCAGUCAGCGCAUCCUAUAGUACGAUUCCCUCACGUCGCUUCAAGCCACACAUCAACAGUAAGCAGACAACCCAAAGUUCAUAGGCAGCGAAGUCGAGGUGGAAAUGUAUCUUCAAAUAGAAGUGUAGGCUCUAGUGACAAUCCACAGUCUGUUAUUGACAAUGGAAGUUCACAGUUUCUUGAAGUAGAAGGUCUGCCAGAUGGAAUGAAACGUUAUGAUAUAGAAAGAUAUUUAGAGCCAGUGACUGCACUAGGGGCCAAGAUAGAGUUUGUUUGUAAUGACAGUAGUAAAUCAAGGCCAUUGGGGAAUGAUAAUAUCACCAAGACUAAAUAUCGGGUAUUGGCAAUAUUUGAAUCUAAUACAGCAGCCCAAACUGCCCUGCUAAAAAUCAAAACAAGCAAGUUUCAGUUGCGGCCUCCUCCUCAGCAACGUGAGAAGAGAAGUAGCUUCAAGACUUUAAGUUAACCCUGGAAUUAUGUUUACAAUAUUCCAUACAAACUAUUUUUUUAAGUGAACCAUUUGAUACCUGCAUAGUGGUAGAAUAUGAAACUUCUCUUCUUUAUCAUGUUUCAUAAAGCAGUUUUGAAUUUUCCUGUCCUCUCCAGGAGGAAAAGAUGUUUCUUGACUAUUCAGUGAGCAGAAGCUAGAAACGUGUCAACGGUUGGAAAGCCCAUUGUUCGUCAUUUGCUGCAGCCUCCUGUCUUGUAACAGAAGUUUAGUUUCUGUGACUUUGAACCAUCUGUUGGUCUUGUUGUUGUUCUGCAGUAGCAUCAUGGAUUUGGUACAGAACUUGGAAGCUAAUAUGGUUUGUUGAAUGAUAUCCAGAAAUGAAGUUGUUGUUUUUUUCCACUGUUUUGAUAAGAAUCAGUGAUGUUGGAAGAAAAAUAAAUUAAAAUGUUAAAUUAUGUCAA